AUGUCAAAAGUGCCAUUUGUGGUUAAAGACUGUGGGAAGAUGUGUUCAUCAGGUAGGGUUCAAGUGAUGUACGAGGAAAGACUGAAGGAGGAUACACAACUAAAAUUGGAAUCCACAAGGAAAUGUUUGGCAUGUAACUUAGUAGCGCACAUUAGAGUGCACACCAAGGAGAAACCAUACUGCUGUGAGAUUUGCAACAAGGCCUUCUCAUAUAAAGGUAGUCUAGAGAUUCAUAUGAGAAGGCAUAGAAAGGAGAAGACAUACAGCUGUGAAAUUUGCAAUAAGGCCUUCUAUUUGAAAAGCCAUGUAAGGUGGUCAAGUAAGCCACAUGAAACUUCAUACACAGGAGAAAACCAUAUAGCUAUUCCAGUCAUCUCUCUAGGUAGUCUACACUCCAGGGCAAUGGAAAUAAAAAUAUGUAUUUCAGUGAUACAACCUUUGUCUCGUCAGUCACGGCGCCAGGAAUAUGAUGCUGAGAAUGGAAAUGGUUUCUUUAAUGGAGCCAGCGCUCUUCCAGUCACCACUCACGGACAUUUGAUUCCACAGUGA